AUGAGGACCCCGGACAGCACAGGGCGGGGCCGGCGCCUGCCAGAGCAGAUGGGGGCCAGGGAGGAGGACCCCAUCUCGGCAGAUGGUGGGCCAGGGACCCUGGAAGCUAGACCAGAGUCAGUCCUGCUCUCAGAGACUCUGGGGGUUCUGUACAGGGAGGAGGACCCCAUCUCGGCAGAUGGUGGGCCAGGGACCCUGGAAGCUAGACCAGAGUCAGUCCUGCUCUCAGAGACUCUGGGGGUUCUGUACAGGGAGGAGGACCCCAUCUCGGCAGAUGGUGGGCCAGGGACCUGCCAUAGCCAAGCUCUGACACACCAGGCAGGGCUGUCCAACCGAGAGCACUCUGAUGUGGCUGGGGGGGGGGAGGGGGCCUCAGGAGUCAUCAUGCCUCGAGUUCCAAAGCGUCGACGCUACUCACUUGAGAUUCCCAAGGUUGUGGAAGAGGAUUCUUCCUCCUCCUCCUCCACCUGCUCCUCCUCUUUUCCUUCCUCUUCCUCUUUCUCCUCUUCCUCUUCCUCUUGCUAUCCUCUGCUUUCUAGUAACCCAAGCGCCGCAUAUGAGGGAGAGAAGGAGGAGGAGGUUCCUGCUGCUGCUGGGGCACCAAGUCCUCCCCUGAGCUCUCCAAGUGCCUAUACCUCCCCUACUGCCCUUGCCGCUGCUGCUCCCUUGAGCCAAUCCAGCAGCGAAGAAUGGGAGGGUCUGAGUACCUCCUGGGCCUUGCCAGGCCCAGAGCCCUUGCCCAGAUGUGUGAUUAAUGAUAAGGUAGCUGAUCUGGUGGGGUUCCUGCUCCUGAAGUAUCGCACAAAGGAGCUGACCACAAGGGCAGAAAUGCUGAGUAGCAUCAUCAGAGAGCACCAGGACCACUUUGCUGUAAUCUUUAGGGAGGCCUCUGAGUGCAUGCAGCUGGUUUAUGGCAUUGAUGUGAAGGAAGUGGACCCCACCAGCCACACCUAUGUCCUAGUCACCAACCUGGGCCUCACCUAUGAUGGGAUGGUCAGCGAUGAGCACAGUAUGCCCAAGACUGGCCUGCUGAUACUCAUCCUUAGUAUAAUCGUCUUGGAGGAUGAUUGUGUCCCCGAAGAGAGGAUAUGGGAAGCACUGAAUGCCAUGGGGGUGCAUGUGGGGAUGGAGCAUAGCAUCUAUGGGGAGCCCAGGGAGCUCCUCACCAGAGUUUGGGUGCAGGAACAGUACCUGGAGUACCGGCAGGUGCCCAACAGCAAUCCUGCACGGUACGAGUUCCUGUGGGGUCCCAGGGCCCAUGCUGAGACCACCAAGUUGAAAGUCCUGGAGUUUUUGUCCCAGGUCAGUGGGAAUGACCCCAGGUACUACAUACACUGGUAUCAGGAGGUUUUGAGAGAGGAGGAACAGAGAGCCCAGGCCAGAGUUAGCACCACAGAUGAUACUACUGCCAUGGCCAGUGCAAGCUCUUCUGCCAUGUCCAGUAGCUUCUUCUGCCCUGAGUGA